GCUUGUGUGUAAGUCAGUAUCACAGAGACCAGUGACUGAUUCUCCAGGGUUCCCAAGUCCUGGCUGUCAGAAGAUGCACAGCUCUAGAGUGGGCUACUGCUGCUGACAAAGGACAAGCUACCAGCCACCUGAAACCACUGUAUGUGUGUGUGUGUGUGCAAGAGAGAGAGAGAGAAAGAGAGAGAGAGUGCUAGUGUGUUCACAGAAAAGACACACUGUGGAACCAUGUCCUCUGAAUCUAACAGCCACAGCAAGAGACUGCCUUCUGAGACAGAGCAUGCUCAGAGGGUCCUCGAGCCGGACCAUGCGCAGCAGCUGAAGCUCCGGGAGAGGCAACGGUUCUUCGAGGAGGUUUUCCAGCACGACAUUGACGUCUACCUCUCUGCGGCCCACCUCCAGAUCGAGCAAAAGAGACCGCCCAUCGGUAGCAUCUCUUCCAUGGAGGUGAAUGUGGACAUGCUGGAGCAGGUGGAACUCCUGGAUAUCUCUGAUCAAGAAGCUUUCGAUGUCUUCUUCAGCUCAGGGGUGGAGGAGGGCAGCGUUGCCACAGCACUGGCAGACGACGACAUUGACGUGUACCAAGACGAGAUCACGCUGGAGGUACCCGGAGAAACCAAAUCUCGCACGUCCUCCACAUCCUCCACCUCCACAGACCCCUACAGCCUGGACACCAGCGAGGAGGGAGCGGAGACCCCAGUCGUCCAAUCAGACAACGAAGAUGUGCAAGCCGACACGGAACUCUUUCUUUGAUACCGGUUUGACUGCACUAGGUGUAGCUUUUCUAAACUCUGAAAUUUUAUGAAAAAACAGGCCGCAUUUUUUUUUUUUAAAGCACUCAUUAAGCUUUUUAUUGACUAGUCA